AUGAUUUUUUCAAUUGCGAGCUCAAGCGGCUUAUGGGCCUUGGUCGUAGUCUAUUCCUUACUAUCAUUCAAGACUGCCUUAUCGCUUCCUAUCACUGAUUUGAACCUAGAAGAUCCGAUAGAUGAAAUCACCAUGUUGGAUAUGAUGAAGUCCUCUUCGUUGUUCCGAAAUCUUCCGCCGUUGGUGAGCCUGCCUGCAGCUUCAGAAAGAACUUUGGUGGCCGGAGAAGUUCCCGAUUACGUGCUUGAUUUUGCCCCCGUGGUACAUCUCUACUCAGAAGAGAGAUAUCUGCCGUAUAAUGUCGAAAAGUUCGUUUCCAACUUCCAUGCAUGCUUCAGAAAUGGCUCCCUUGUUCCAGGUGGUGAGAGUCCCCUUAAACUUCAACAGUUAGAAGAGUUGGAUAAGCAUAUUGUUGACUAUGACACAGCCAUUUUCAUGACUGCGGAUUCUGACUUUGAUAAGGACCCAGAAUGGAUCACUGGCAAGCACAACAUCCCCAACGUUUAUGAUGGGGCAAUUGAGGAUGCUCCAGCUACGCUCAUUGUUGUUGAUAAAGGCAAUGGCUGGGUGGAUGCCUAUUGGUUCUUCUUCUACUCUUUCAACCUUGGCCCUUUCGUCAUGGGAUGUGGUCCAUAUGGCAACCACGUUGGUGAUUGGGAACACACUUUGGUGCGGUUCUACAACGGUGAGCCCAAGAUAGUGUGGAUGUCCGCCCAUGGUGGUGGAGGGACAUAUUUCUACGACAAUCUGGAGAAAUUGGAGACCGCGCCCAAACGGCCGGUCAUCUUCUCAGCAAGAGGCACUCAUGCCAACUACGCAGCUGUUGGCCAGCACUCUCAUGAUUUGCCUUACUCUAUGCUUUCUGAUUUCGCUGAUAGAGGUCCACUGUGGGACCCUUCUAGAAACUAUUUGGCGUAUACAUGGGACGGAACUAAUCUGUCUUAUGGUAACGGGUCUGAAUACGGAAGAGAAGAGAGAUUAGGCAAGUGGCUCUCUUUCACGGGUCAUUGGGGUGACAAUGAUAUGGAUCCCAAGGACCCCCGCCAGCAUUGGUCGCCCUGGCAAUGGAAGUACAUUGAAGGCCCCACCGGUCCAAUCACCAAGAACCUGCUGCGUGUGGCCCCAUGUCAGAGCCUCAAGCACUGGAAGACCUGGGGUGGAUGUCAAGCGAGACGCUACCCCAAAAUGGGAGAAGGUAUUGAGAGCGAAGGCUCUCAUUCUUGUGGAAACAUCUUCAGGAAUGUCAGGCCUGUUUGGCUCAAAACACUACUACACUAUUUGACUUUGAACGGCAUUGGCUGUUACCUUGCGGAUUUGUUUCUUGGCUGA